AUGAUGACGUGCCGUCUGCUGUGCGCCCUGCUGGUGCUUGCCCUGUGCUGCUGCUGCCCGUCUAUGUGCGUGACAGACACUGCUCUUGCUGAAUCUAGUGGAACUGUCACCAGCCGAGCGAUUGGUACACCGGAAUUAACACUUCAGGGCUCCAAUCCGUCAGAGUUACCCGAAGAAGAAACUAGGCCGGCUGCGGAAUUAGGAAUAGGUGAUGGAGCGGGGCAGAGUGCGACCGGUACUUUACGGGCCGAUGGUAACGGCGAUACGUCUGGGCCGCAAAGCAGCACGAGACAUAUCGGGGAUCAGUCUAAUAAUAAAGCUGUAGUUACUGCUGACACAACCAAGAAAUCCACUACAACAGAGUCACCGGAGAAUACGAGGAAACUUGAAGCUAAUACAAACGUCACCACUUUAUUGUCCCCUGCACCAGGAGUAACACCAGGGAACAGUCGGCCUGAGGCUGCUGAUGAUUCAGCCACUGAUCCGGUUCCUCGAGACAUUUUGCCAGAGGCGCCUCAUUUAACCGAUCCGGGAGCAAAAGUAAAUACCGAGUACAAUACGGUACAGAAAACGGGCACGAACGGUACUACAGGACAAGAAAGUGGCACGAGAACAUCCACAGAACAAUCAAAUAAGGAAACCGAAGAUGCGGCACCGACGACAACGACGAAAACAAAGACGAAGGCAACAACCACCACGACGACCACCACUACUGCGCCAGAGACACCAAGUACUACGACUAUAGAGGCGCCAACCACGACGAACACCAGCGCACCGUCACGUCUUCGGAGCGUCGACGGCAGCCUCAGCAGCUCUGCGUGGGUGGGUGCCCCGCUGGUGCUCGCCGCCUCCGCGCUGGCGUACACCACUCUGGGCUGA